AUGGCUACUCUCCCAGUGUUCGUCCUCCUGUCAUUGAUUUGUGUCUGCAAGUCUGAUGACCGCCUUACACCUGCAAAGCCGCUCUCUGCUGGCAACAAGCUUGUUUCGAGCGGCGGCGUCUUUGCUCUCGGCUUCUUUUCCCCGACAAACUCAACUACGGGCGCAUAUGUUGGCAUAUGGUACAACAACAUCCCUGAGCGUACAUAUGUGUGGGUUGCUAACCGCGACAACCCGAUCACCAACGCUUCUCCUGGGAAGCUGGUUCUGACCAACAACUCCGACCUUGUAUUGUCUGACUCCCGAGGCCUCGCUCUUUGGACAACCAAGAACAACUUCACAUCCGGAACCACAGGAACUUCUGCUGUACUGCUCAACUCCGGAAACUUGGUCAUCCGGUUGCCGAAUGGCACAGACAUAUGGCAGAGCUUCCAACAUCCAACUGACACGGUCCUCCCCAGCAUGCCUUUAUCCCUGAGCGCAAAUGAUGGUCUCUACACUCGCCUCAUUGCUUGGAGGGGCCCUGAUGACCCAGCCACCAGCGACUACUCCAUGGGCGGUGACUCUAGUUCCGGCCUCCAGAUUGUCAUCUGGAAUGGGACGAGGCCGUAUUGGCGCAGAGCUGCGUGGGAUGGUGCAUUGGUCCCUGCCUGGUAUCAAGGCACCACCGGCGCCAUCAUGACCCUAACAAUUGUUGACAGAGGGGGUGAGUUAUACAUAACAUUCACCGUCUCUGACGGCUCGCCAAGCAUGCGCCUGAUGCUGCACUACAGGGGCAUGUUUAAAUUUCUGGCAUGGAACAGCAACUCGUCAUCAUGGGAGGUUUUCACAGAGCUGCCUAGUUCUAGCUGUGACCGAUAUGCCUAUUGCGGACCAUUUGGCUACUGCGAUGCCACUGAAACAGUUCCGAAAUGCAACUGCCUCAGUGGGUUUGAGCCUUAUGGUGUUAACUUCUCCAGAGGGUGUCGGAGAAAGGAAGAUCUGAAAUGUGGCGGUGGUGAUAAUUUCUUGACCUUGAGAGCUAUGAAGACACCCGAUAAGUUCGUUUAUGUUAGGAACAGAAGCUUUGACCAAUGCACAGCAGAGUGCAGCCGCAAUUGCGUUUGCACUGCGUAUGCUUAUGCUAACUUGCAAAAUGGAAUCACAUCUGUUGACCAGUCAAGGUGCUUGAUUUGGUUGGGGGAGCUUGUUGACACGGGAAAGUAUCCUGAUGGUAAUGGCGAGAACCUGUACCUCCGUCUUGCCAGUUCAACAGGUAUAUAUCAUCCCUUAUGCGCUUAUCCCUUUUGGUUAGGAUGA